AUGCCACCACGGUCCACGCGCUCCAAGUGGGCUGCGCCGACCGACAGAACCACUGAUAGCGUAGACACUAUUAUCCGGAACCUGCGGGCUGCGGAUGAAGGUGACUCCAACUCGAGCGGAGAUGAAGACAUGAGCGGCGACGAUUUUCAGGUGGACGACGACAACGGCAACGGCGCCAUGGGCGGGGAAGGUGACGAUGCAAGUGGGCGAGGACGUGACGAUGCCGUGUUCAAGCGCAUUGCAGCCCAGGUCUCGAGCGGUGCAGUUGGCACAACGCAGGACUUCACUGCAGAGCUGGACGCGUUGGACGAGGAGGAGAUGCAGGAGGAAGGUGGUCGUCGCAAACGGGGGAAGCGAGCUGGUCGAUCCGGAGUGUACCGCGGCCAUCGGCCAACGUACGAGGUACAGCAGCUGCUCGGUCGUGCCAACAUGGCCUAUAUCUCGCAGAACCACACUGAGGCCAUCAAUCUCUUCCUCGAGGUUAUCCGCCAUGACAACAUGGUUCAGGCGGCCUGGACAACUCUCGCAUCCGUGUUUGAGGAGAUGGGUGAUGUCGACUCGGCGCGGCAAAUGAAGUUCUGCGCUGCCCAUAUAGAGGAGGACGCCGGGACAUGGGCAGAGCUGGCUCAGCAGUUUCGAACUGAAGGUAACAUGACCCAGGCGCAAUACUGUUAUCGAAAGUUAUUACGCCUGGACAGCACACGCGUCGAUGUACUGUGGCAGCUCAUCACCAUGUACACGAAGAACGGGCAGGCCAAGAAGGCAGCAGACGCGAUCAAGAAGCUGCACAAGGCUGAUCCAACAUUCCUCCGUGACUUCAACAUGCUCAUGGAGGUGCAUCCGUUCAUCCUUGAGUUACGCCAGUGGGGGCUUGGGGCCACCGUCUUCGGCGAUGCGUUUGUGUAUCAUUACGCGACGUUCGACGACCCUUCCAAUCCUGACAACACCAUGAAGAUCGAGCAUGUAGUCGAGUACGUCAACUACUUGAUCAAGUCCGGGGAGACUGAGAGCGCCAUCGACGUCAUCCAUCGCGGCCAGCGCUGGCUUCAGGGUCGCAAACACGAGAAGGCUUGGGGUGCUGUCGAGGACGACAGCGAGUACGCUCCCAAGAGGUUUGGUGGAGAAGACGGAGAUGAAUCGGACGAAGAAUCCAACAACGUCAACGGCGGUAACGAACUCGACGUUCAACUCAGGCACUUGUUGGCGAUUGCGCGUCUGCGCCUCGGUCAGCCAGACAUGGCCAUUCCUCACGUCAACAUGAUCCUCGAGCUCGAUGCCAAGGUCCAUGAAGGUCUCUUCAAGGAACUUGGUGACAACCUGAUGAAGCGGCAGCUGUUCGACCUUGCACUGGACUGCUGGCUCGCCCUCCAUGAUCAGAGUGAAAAUGACCCGGACUUCAACGAGGACCCGAAGGUUGUCUACAAGAUGGGAAUCUGCCUGCAUCAGCUGAAACGCUUCGCGGAGGCACACGAGAGUCUUGAGUGGGCGGUUAAUGUGAUGCCGGAUGACUCGGAGGUGCUGCUAGCGUUCGCUGGAGUACUAGAGGACAUGGGGCGCAAAACGGAGGCACUCGAGAUGGUUGCCCGGGUGUUACAGCACGGUGACGCCUUGCCGGCCGGUGACGGAACGAUGAAAGGCAAGGUCGGCAGGAUGAACAAGCGCGUCUUGGAGACGCAAGCUGCAUACACCAUGCAAGGCCUUUGGGAGGACGUCCAGAAAGCCGAAGACGGUAUCAACAAUGGCGACAUGUACGCGUUGGACAAGUUCAUCCAUGCCGCUGGUACAAUGAUUGAGACGUUCCGCCUAGCGAAGAGCAACUUCACCAAGAAUCGCGGUAUUGUUCGCAUCCCCAAGCGCCGCAAGUACGGCACGAAAAGCGACCUCACGUCUCAGGCCCAGGCUAUGCAGGACCGCCUUGAGCGCAUUAUGGGUUUGGAGGACGACACUCCCAUUGAACCUGGCCGCAUCGACUACGAGAUUCGCCGGCAAACCGAGUUCUACGGUAUAAACUCUGAGGACUGGCUGGCGUUAACCAUUAAGUACUGUUGCGUGUUGAUGGUCAAGGGUGAGGAGGAUGUUGCGUACGACAUUCUUGAGCACGUCGUGUGGUCGGGCUUGUUCAAUUCUCGCCGUUGUGAGAUUGCGCUUCGCCUAACCAUCGUUGCCUGUGGCAUCCGCAUGCGGAAGGGUGAAGCCAUCACAGAGAACUGCAAGCGCCUCGCCCAGUUGCAUCAGUUCCGGCCUGAACCUAUGCUGUUGAUGCUUGCCGCUCUCGGAGGUGGUUUCAAGGGGCAGGGUGUUUGGCACAACUUGGCGCUGCAGAAGUUCCUUCAUCGUGAAGUGCGCAUCUACGACGAGGCUGUCGCCGGCGUCAAGCUUCGCUACAAUAGGCGCCACCGCCGUUGGGCCCAAGUCCUUGAGUCCGGCCGCUCUCGCCGUCUGGGUGAUGUCCUCCAUCAUGAUAUGGACCAUGACAAUGAUGGGACACCUCAAGGAACCCCUCAACACCGCCAGAGACCUGAAGACGAGGAGGACGAGGAGGACGAAGACAUGCACGGCGAGGGGGGCGGCGAUGGCGAGGGCGGCGGCGAUGGCGAUGGCGAGGGCGAGGGCGAUGAUGAGGGCGAUGGUGAGGGCGAUGGUGAGGGCGAUGGUGAGGGCGAUGGUGAGGGCGAUGGUGAGGGCGAUGGUGACGACGAGGAGGAGUCAAUGGCACCUUCUGGGAUCGCGGAGUUGGAGCCACAUGAGUGCCCCAAGCCGAAGAAGUACUCACCGGUCUUCAACACCAUGUACGGCCAGAACAUGCUCACGACCAGGAGCUACCAGAGUGCCCUAUUCUACUUCAUGCGUGCAUACGAGGUCAACCCUCAUGACCACUUCCUCUGCUUCCUGAUCGCUCAAGCAUUCUUCGGACGGGCCACGAACCGUCAGUCGGACAAUCGCAACUACCAGAUUGCCCAGGGGUUGGCGUUCCUUUCAAGGUACCGCAAGCUCAGUCCGCAAGAUCCCCAGUCGCUCGAGGAGGUCGAGUACAAUUUCGGUCGCUCUUUCCACGGACUGGGUGUCAUGCAUCUUGCCGUUACUCACUAUGAGAGGGUUCUCACAUCUGUGCGCUCUCGCAUGGAUGCCGAGCCUACGGCUGAGGACCGUGAGUUCGUUCGACAAAGCUCUUUGGCGUGGGAGUCGGCCCACAACCUCGUCCUCAUUUACACGACGUCUGGGUCACUCGAUCUCGUUCGUAGAGUAUCAGACGAGUGGCUUGCGCUCGUCGAUUACGACGGAGACGACGGAGACGAAUGA